GGCGGAGCCCCGCGCCUGGCUCCCUCCCCAAGGUGGAGCACCAUGGAGGACUCCAGCAGCUCCGCGGGCAGCGGAGGCUUCCGCCCCGGCGUGGACAGCCUGGACGAGCCGCCCAACAGCCGCAUCUUCCUGGUGAUCAGCAAGUACACGUCCGAAUCGGUGCUGAGGGAGCGCUUCUCGCCCUUUGGAGACAUCCAGGACAUCUGGGUGGUGCGCGACAAACACACCAAGGAGUCCAAGGGCGUCGCCUUCGUCAAGUUCGCCCGAAGCUCACAGGCCUGCCGGGCUAUGGAGGAGAUGCACGGACAGUGCCUUGGCCCCAAUGACACCAAGCCCAUCAAGGUGCUGCACUGGGGUGCCUACGUUAGGGUGUGUGAGGUUUUCAUUGCUCAGUCCCGAUCAUCAGGAAGUCACAGAGAUGUUGAAGAUGAAGAACUCACAAGAAUCUUCGUUAUGAUACCAAAGUCCUAUACAGAGGAAGACCUACGGGAGAAAUUUAAGGUGUAUGGUGACAUCGAGUAUUGCAGCAUUAUUAAAAAUAAAGUCACUGGAGAAAGUAAAGGUCUGGGCUACGUGCGAUAUUUAAAACCAUCACAAGCCGCCCAAGCAAUAGAAAACUGUGAUAGAAGUUUCAGAGCACUCUUGGCUGAACCUAAAAAUAAAGUACCUGAGUCCCCAGAACAAGAUUAUUACAGUAGCAUGAGGCAAGAGGCUUUGGGGCAUGAACCGAGAGUAAAUCUGUUUCCCUUCGUUGGGGAACAACAAUCUGAAUUUUCAAGUUUUGACAAGAGUGACAGCAGAAGUCAGGAAGCUAUCUCUAAACGCCUGUCAGUUGUCUCAAGAGUCCCCUUCACGGAAGAACAGCUCUUCAGCAUUUUUGACAUAGUCCCAGGACUGGAGUAUUGUGAGGUUCAGCGAGAUCCUUAUUCGAAUUAUGGUCAUGGUGUGGUUCAGUAUUUUAAUGUAGCAUCUGCUGUUUAUGCAAAAUACAAAUUGCAUGGAUUCCAGUACCCCCCUGGGAAUCGGAUAGGUGUUUCCUUCCUGGAUGACGGAAGUAAUUCGGCAGAUCUCAUCAGAAAAAUGGCCACACAGAUGGUGGCGUCCCAGCUCGCAUCAAUGGUGUGGAGUAACCCAAGUCAGCAGCAGCAGUUUCUGCAAUUUGGAGGAAGUUCUGGGUCACAGUUGCCUCAAAUCCAGACAGAUGUUGUACUUCCAUCCUGCAAAAAGAAAGCCCCUCCCGAAACGCCUGUGAAAGAAAGACUUUUUAUCGUGUUUAACCCUCAUCCAUUACCAUUAGACGUGUUGGAGGAUAUAUUCUGUCGUUUUGGUAACCUGAUAGAAGUUUACCUUGUGUCAGGAAAAAAUGUGGGCUACGUCAAGUAUGCAGAUAGAAUGAGCGCCAACGAUGCAAUCUCAACCCUGCAUGGGAAAAUUCUGAAUGGAGUCCGACUGAAAGUCAUGCUGGCAGACUCGCCACGAGAAGAACCCAAAAAGAGGCAGAGAACUUACUGAGUCUCGAACAAAGACUAACUAAUGACAUAAUCCUGAGCUGACUGACUGAAAAAUGUGACUGGACGAACUCCCUGUGGACAGUUGACAGCUUUUUUUUCUUUUUAACAUAUCUGAUAGUCUACACACCAUUGCUUGUCUGGGAUUGCUGACCUUAAUGAUAAAACUAAGAUAGUAGUUGUUUCCUAGAAGAAAAUGUUAUGAAAAGCAAAAAUAAAGCUUCCUUAGAGAAAUGUAUUGUCUUGUAUAGCAGAAAUAAAGUUUGCUUUAAUAACUAAA